AAAUAGUGACUCUAGACAAGUGUUGUUUCUCCUUUACACAAGGAAGGUAAUUGUGUAUGGCUUCCUUGACUGUAGUACAGGACUGCUGCUGGGCUGGGGUCCCACACUUGGACCUCCACGGCCCGCCCGGCUCUGGCUCUGGCUCUGGCGUCACCUGGAAGUAGUCACGCUGGGCGGGAUGACCGGAACAACAAGAUGGCGGAGAAUGAGGAGUUUCGGUAGGAGUCAGUCCUGUAAUGCAGACUGCAGCCUGUUGACUGGUGAAACAGCCGUGUGGCGCGACAUCAAAACCAGCAUGAAUCUCCAGCAGACAGCCCCCCUCAUCCCCCCUGUCCACCCUGACGUGCAGAUGAAGCCCCUGCCCUUCUACGAUGUGCUGGACGUCCUCAUCAAGCCUUCAAGUCUAGGAGCAAGUACUGCCCAGAGGUACCACCAAGAGAAAUAUUUUAUCUUUGCCUUGACACCACAGCAAGUUCGAGAAGUAUGCAUAUCCAGGGACUUCCUACCAGGUGGCAGAAGAGACUAUAUGGUUCAGAUUCAACUGAGGUUUUGCUUGUCAGAGACAAGUUGCCCUCAAGAGGAUAAUUACCCGAACAGUCUCUGUAUAAAGGUCAAUGGGAAACUUUUUCCUUUGCCAGGUUAUGCACCACCACCCAAAAACGGCGUGGAACAGAAGAGACCAGGAAGACCUCUAAACAUUACCUCCCUCGUCCGACUGUCGUCUGCAGUACCCAAUCAGAUUUCAGUGACAUGGGCACCGGAAAUUGGAAAAACCUAUUCCAUGUCUGUGUACUUGGUGAGGCAGCUGACAUCACCGCUGCUCCUUCAGAGGCUGAGGAUGAAGGGCAUCAGAAACCCAGACCACUCCAGAGCACUAAUUAAAGAAAAGCUGACAGCAGAUCCAGACAGCGAGAUCGCUACAACAAGCCUUCGAGUCUCUCUUAUGUGCCCGCUGGGGAAGAUGCGACUGACGGUGCCGUGUCGGGCGGUGACCUGCUCUCACCUGCAGUGUUUCGACGCCGCCCUCUACCUGCAGAUGAAUGAGAAGAAACCCACCUGGAUCUGUCCUGUGUGUGACAAGAAGGCUGCAUACGAGAGUCUCAUCAUCGACGGUUUAUUCUUGGAGAUCCUGAAUGACUGUUCAGAUGUGGAUGAAAUCAAGUUCCAAGAGGAUGGAACAUGGUGCCCCAUGAGACCAAAGAAAGAGGCCGUCAAGGUCCCCUCUCAGUCAAUUCCAAAAAUUGAGACCUCAGCUCCUUUGCGCCAAUCUUCAGUGGUCCCCCAUUCUACUGAGCCCAGCACCACCAAGAAGGCUGAUGUGAUCGAUCUGACUCUAGAGAGCUCCUCCUCCUCCUCUGAUGACGAUGAAGAGGACACAGACCCUCCACUGAAGAAACGCUGUGUUUACAUUACCAAGAAUGAGGAGAUGCAUGCGAAGGGAGUGUUGACCUACCAGCCCACUGUGCGCAUGCCAAACGUCCAGGCCCUGGACCCGUCGUAUCUGACCUCUACGCUUGCUGACUAUGCAGUCCCCUUCCACCCGUCCACCCUGGCCACCAUCCCCACAGACAUGCAGAGUCUGGAUUUGUUUUCUUUAAUUCAAGCAGACCCUCAGCAUUACCGACCACAGAUGUUCCUGGACAGCCUGACGAGCAGCAUGCAGAGCGCAGCCGCAGCCAGCACCAGCUCAGGCCUGGUCUCCUCCUCGAGCAGCCACUACGACACCAGCGGCCAUGGUGCCAGCUCCAUCCACGAGACCCGGGUCAUCACAGGAGGAGGCGGAGGCACCGGAGGGGGGACAGACAGCAGCAUAUCAGAUAUCAUUUCACUAGACUGAGCCACUUCUCACUGGACCUUUUCAGGCCUGUUUUCUGUGGCCUUCUUAGUCCAUGUUACACAUCCCAUACAUUACAUGUCAUGUUGAGUUUUAUACAGAAGCACCUAGAUUGGUAUACAUGAGCACUUUGAUGGCCUGAACAUUUUCGCAAUGUUUCAAACGAUAUCCACAUCAUGUCUCUUUUGGCCCUUGGGGGGUUUUAAUGGCAGAUGGGUUUUUUGACCGUUGCGAUAGGAAAUGGUUUGGCAGCCGAGGAUAACAUUGUGUGUUAGUGCCAUUUCUCCUGAAGUCUUCUUGACUUCAGCAUUUGGGAAAUAUUCUCCUUUGGUUUUAGCUUUCUUUCAAUAUUCCCUGGUGUUUUAACCCCUUUUUUUUGGUCUCCCACCUCUGUAGGAACACAUCUCUCUUUCUCUCUCUGGCUUGCAAAGAUGUUUCACUCUUUUUCCCUAACCACUCACUGACUGCAGCUCUGUGCCAGGCAGGGAGCACACACAGUGGAAUCAUUGGAACGAUUUAUUUAUUUCUGUGUUUAGAUUAAAAACCUAGCUUGGGGAACUUGAAUUAGUUUCUCUGUAUUUCCUCACACAGUAUCUUUCUGACCUGAACACAGCUAGUCUUUGGGCCAUCCACAUAUAGAUGUAGAGAUAUUUUAAUAACACUUCCACCCUUGGCUCUGCAGAGGUUUUAACAGUUAAAUGUCUGUAAUCCUUUUUUUCAUUGCUGGAAAUCUUUAGAACAUUGAACUCUUUGUUUAUACCAAUUAGCUUGCUUGCACAUACACGUAGAUCUGACUUCAGCCUGUAGUCUCAUGGUUGAUGUGAACUGUGUGCCUCAUUAACAUGGAUGGAAGAAGAGCCCCGGACAAGACAUUACACACAACACCCAAGUGAAUGAAUGGUUGGAUGUAAUAAGCCCCCCCCUUGUGGACUGAUGGAUGUACUGUUGACUGUGGAGGUGUCUGACCUCCUUUACAUUAUGAACAGGCUUUCUGGUUUCUGUCUGUUUUUACUGUAUCUGUGCUUUGAGCUCACACUGAUGGAAACAUGGAAGGCAGGUCAGUAAUUCAAGUGUUUUCAUUGGUUCUUACAGCUGCCAGUCAGUAACUUCAUGAGGUUUUUUUACACGGCAGCUUUCUGUCAAACCAAUAUAAAACGUUCCUUUGUAAUUUAGUCAGAGCAAUAAUAACUGAAGUCGUGUUAGGUUAAAUAAAGUUGUAAAUGAUGUUCAGAUACUCGUUAAAGGAUUCCAGCUGCUCCGUACAACGUUUCCACUCUACUUCCCAGAUCCAGUUCUUUUUGUUUGUGCUCCAUAAUCUAUCAUUUCUAUAAUUUAAAAAAACGUGAUUUUACACAUAAAUGAAGAGUUUGAAAUGGAGCAGAUAUAUCUGGAUGUGGUUAACCUAGUUCAUCAUACAGACUGGAAGCAGGGUGAAGCAGCUAGCUUGGCCCUGUCCAAAGCUCCAUAAACAUCCACCAACAGCCCUACAGCUCACUAACUGACGUUGUAUAUUUGUUUGCCUCUUCCACACACAGAAUGUAAGAACCACACUUUGUGUUUCAGGAGGAAUAAUGUGCUGCCAUGUCAACAUUUAAAAGUCCACUCUGUAAUUCCUCUGAACUCUGACCUCUCUUGCUAGUUUUGGUAGAUUUCGGUGUAUGUCGAUGGUGCUGUGUGUUUAGGGUGGACGGACAUGAACAUUUGCUCAGCAUUAACACUGACACUCACGCCCGCUUUCUUAAAGACAACAGCAAGCGGCGACAUAAAAAACAAUAAACAGGGCAGCUACUGUAUGAUACCUACAUUAUAUCUGGACUCCCAGCCAUCAGGAGCUCAAUCUCAGGGACCUACACUCCGCUUUUCUGGGCUUAACAGACUGAGUGAAUUCAAAUACGGACAUAGAAACAGCACUGUUCUCACCUGUAACUAAAAUACAAAUGGUUAUGUAAAGGUUAGGUUCAUGUGUAAUAUUUUUCAGCAGUUUUAUUCAAACAUACUUGUGUACAGUUUGUAGUUUACAUGUUAGGGCUGUAAUAAGGGCCAAAAACAGAAAACCCCUCACCAGCUCUCGUGGUAUCUAGUUAUCGGAAUUAUUGUUUUUGUGAACAGGUUUUAAGAUAUCUGUCUCUGGAGGUUCUCGUGUUUUUCCAAAAUUCACACUGUUACUCUGGAUAGAGACCAGUAUCCCAGAACCUGCAUAUAUAAAACCACAAGUAUCUGCAUGGAGAGAUUAGAGUCAUUACAGGGAAGUGAGAAAGUGUUUUUGAUUUCUUUUUUUGUAAUGUUGAUGAACCAGCCCAUAGUGAAUAUAGCAUAAUAAGGAAAUGGAAAAGUCAAAAUGUGCAGAGCAUCUUUACGUUGUUUCCCACUUUAAUUUUCCAGCUUUUCCACAGAGGUCACAGUUUUGUGAAAUUACUGAUGAGACUUUUAACAGCGUCUCCAUUCACCUGCAGGCAGAUGUUGGUGAUCCAUGUUUUUUUUGUUGUUGUUUUUUUAAAAAUUUGUACUCUUCAUACUUUACAGACUUUGAACCAUAAUCCAGAUCACAUGGAUGUUUCUCUUUUGACUCCAUGUUAACAGACUCAGAGAAAAGUACUCAUUUACGUUUGCUUCAAAUUCACGAGGUUUUAUUAUACAAUGGUUUCUUACAGAAUUGUCUUUGUUUUCCUGUGUCUGUAAACUUGCAGCAUUUUGAAUUGUGGUACCAUGUGUGGGUGUUUUUUAUUAUUAAAAGUUUUCUUUUUUA